AUGUCCUUCCUCACAAACGCUAGCAUAGAAGUCCCCAUCACAAUCAACGCACCACCCGCCACCGUACGGAAAGUCCUCCUCGACUUCGCCCGCUGGCCAGAAUGGAAGAACAAACAGAACAUCAUCAACCACUUACACGUCAAGACGUCGGACGAUAGUACCGUACUCGUCCAAGACGCCCAAGCGGGAGAUGUGAUGUACAUUGAUUCAGUGCAAUCCGGUGCUGUUACUGCCGAGGUAUAUGUCAACAACGAGCAGACUUUCGGCUACAUAGGCAAGGCAUACGGUUUCACAGCCCGACAUUCAUGGGUUAUGCAACCAGGAGCAGCGGAUGCAGAGACGACGCUUUUCAAGCACUGCGAGCAGUUCUCUGGGCCUACAGCUUGGGCAUUCGGGUAUUGUUCGCCUCUACGCCCGUGGAUACGGGGAUUAUUCGCGGCGUUCAACGAAGAUCUGAAGGCCGCUGUGGAGAGUGGGAAGUUUUGUUGA